AUGUGUCCGGGCGUUUUGGUGUGCCGGAAGCAGCUCUUUGGGACGGCAAGCUUGCACAAUAUUGUGCCGUCUGAGUUAUCGCACGGUUGGGAGCCUCAAGUUGAGUUAUUCGAAGGGCUUAUAUGUGUAUGCGAGCUGAUGAGCAAGAACGACGAUAUCCCCUGGUACCGAAUAGUGUUUGAAUGGCAAGACGGCGGCGGAGAAAAGCGACAGGGACAAGUCAAAUUUUUUGGCCAAACAGCAAUAAUGAAAGGAACAAUCGACUUAAACAAGACGGUCAAGAACCGCGAAGAAUGGUUUGAAAUUUUAAUGGAAUGUUCAGACCAACGGUCCGUAGCGCUAGAGCUACGCAUAAAGGACAUUAGGGAGGAUCAAAACUUUCGGGACCUCCUUUUCCGCAUCCGUGAAGAGUACGAGAUGAUAGAUGAAAUGAUGGGGGAAUCUGACGAUUUUGGUGAUUUCAUUGGGUAA